UGGUACCUCCUCCCCGCGGUUUCUCGCUCACUCACACACAGGAAAACGCAACUUUACAUGGCACAAGUGGCGAGCAUAGCCGCCAACAUGUAGCUCAUUUACCGCGCGAGUGCGACUCUCAGUGUGUCCUUUUGCAUUCGCUUGAAAGAUUACAAUUCUGGGAUUGUUUUCAGAGAUGGAUUUGGGAGAUUAUGUCCUGUGUGUGUGUAAAUUUGUGAAAUGUUGAAAUAUGACAUCAUGGAUUCUUGUGUUGAACUGUUGCGGGGUGUUCUAGCGUGUUGUGGAAGGUGUGAGGGUGGUGUGAGGGUGUGCUGACGGUGGAACCAGAGGGAAGUAACGGCUGUAUUGUGUCAUGUUUGUGUCUGCGUCACAGAGUUUUGGAGCCGCAGACUGUGGAGUUCAGCGCCGUCCUUCCUUCCCUCAAGGGGGUCUAGACUGGCGACUACGUCACAAGCGUGCGUCUGGACCUGGUCGCGAAGGUCGCAAGUUCAACUCCGUCUGUGACCUGUCAGAAAACGACGACGACGAUGAUGAUGACAACGACGAUGACUUGGAUGAGAGGUCGGGUUCAGAGGUCAUGCCCUUCCAACACGACCGCGCGUGCCCGCUUCACAGAGUGACUGCCCCACCGGCCGGAGCGACCACGGCGCCCAACCCGACCGGCCAGACGCAACAUCCGGGUCUCUACACGGCCAACGUGACGUCACAGACCAGCCUGGUCACGUCACAGUCCCCCUCCCUCUCCGUAAACUCCUCCCCCUCCCCCGCCCCCCAACACGAGAACGCCCCGCGCUGCUCUUGUAUCGACAGGAGGAAUUCCCGAUCGGCUAAAAAUAACAACAACAACGAGGAGGGGAAUCCCUCGGGUCACAACCGAGACGGGGUGGACGGGGGAGGGGGCCACAGGGGGAGGAGGAAGAAGGCUCGAGAGACUGUCAUCAUCAAUGUGGGCGGUCAGGUGUUCGAAACCUACCGGUCGACAUUAAGGAGGUUAAAGACCCCGAUCUUCAACAGCGACGAUAAAUUGCAGCGAUAUUACAGGUCCUCUCACAAGGACUACUUCUUUGACCGAGAUGCCACGGCUUUUGGUUCCAUUCUCAACUUUUUGAGGACAGGAGAGCUGCACAUACCCACAAAUAUGUGUGGGCCGGCUUUACAAGUGGGUAUACUCAUUCAUAUAGGCACAAUGAUAUAAAAUAAACUCAUACA